UCACCACAAAGCUCAGGAAAUCCAAGCCCAACCUUGCAUUUCCUUUCUCUCCCUCUCUACAUUUUGUUCCAUCAAUCUAUACACCUACCUGAGUUUUUGGAGACUGUCACUUUUUUACUUUUUCCAAAACACCUCUCUUGAUAACUGUUUUUAACUGUUUCAAUUCUCUUAGAUAGAUCCAACUGCUUCAAAUAACAUGGAUAGUACCACCGCCAUUGGAAACGGUGUCGGGAGUGGCGGUUCACCGGGUUUUUGUCUGAAAGACCCUUUGAAUCGGGGAGUGGCGGCGGAGGCAAUGAAGGGGAGUCAUUUGGAGGAAGUGAAGGGCAUGGUGGCGGAGUUUCGGAAGCCGGUGGUGAGGCUGGGAGGGGAGACUUUGACGAUAUCGCAGGUGGCGGCGAUCGCGGUGAGGGGUAGUGAGGUGGCGGUGGAGCUGUCGGAGUCUGCGAGGGAGGGAGUGAAGGCCAGUAGUGAUUGGGUUAUGGAGAGUAUGAAUAAAGGGACAGAUAGUUAUGGUGUUACUACUGGUUUUGGUGCUACUUCGCAUAGGAGGACCAAAGAAGGUGGUGCUCUUCAAAAGGAGCUUAUCAGGUUCUUGAAUGCUGGAAUAUUUGGCAAUGGAACAGAGUCAUGUCACACAUUGCCACAAUCAGCCACAAGGGCAGCUAUGCUUGUAAGGAUCAACACCCUCCUCCAAGGAUACUCCGGCAUUAGGUUCGAAAUUUUGGAAGCCAUUUCCAAAUUCCUCAACAACAACAUCACUCCAUGCCUGCCGUUACGCGGCACUAUCACCGCCUCCGGUGACCUAGUCCCCCUAUCUUACAUUGCCGGGCUUUUGACAGGCCGGCACAAUUCAAAGGCGGUCGGGCCUACUGGAGAAAUCCUCCACCCCAAGGAAGCCUUCCGCCUAGCUGGAGUUGAGGGCGGGUUUUUUGAGUUGCAACCCAAGGAAGGCCUUGCGCUUGUCAACGGCACAGCUGUUGGUUCCGGCUUGGCUUCUAUGGUUCUUUUCGAGGCUAACAUACUCGCCGUGUUAUCAGAAGUUUUGUCAGCGAUUUUCGCUGAAGUUAUGCAAGGCAAGCCCGAGUUCACCGACCAUUUGACACACAAAUUGAAGCACCACCCUGGCCAAAUUGAAGCUGCUGCCAUUAUGGAACACAUUUUGGAUGGUAGCUCUUAUGUCAAGGCAGCCCAAAAACUACAUGAAAUGGAUCCAUUGCAAAAACCAAAACAGGACAGAUAUGCCCUUAGAACAUCUCCUCAAUGGCUAGGACCACUAAUUGAAGUCAUCCGAUCAUCGACAAAAUCAAUUGAGAGGGAGAUAAACUCGGUGAAUGACAACCCUUUGAUCGAUGUUUCAAGGAACAAGGCCUUACAUGGUGGAAAUUUCCAAGGUACCCCAAUCGGAGUCUCCAUGGACAAUACACGUCUAGCUGUUGCCUCAAUAGGGAAGCUCAUGUUUGCCCAAUUCUCUGAGCUUGUUAAUGACUUCUACAACAAUGGGUUACCAUCAAAUCUUUCCGGGGGACGAAAUCCAAGUUUGGAUUAUGGUUUCAAGGGAGCUGAGAUUGCCAUGGCUGCUUAUUGCUCAGAACUCCAAUUCCUUGCCAAUCCUGUAACCAACCAUGUCCAAAGCGCCGAGCAACAUAACCAAGAUGUGAACUCUUUAGGCCUAAUCUCUUCAAGAAAGACAGCCGAGGCAGUUGAUAUCUUGAAGCUCAUGUCCUCUACAUAUCUAGUAGCACUCUGCCAAGCCGUAGAUUUGAGGCAUUUUGAGGAGAAUUUGAGGAACACUGUCAAGAGCACGGUGAGCCAAGUAGCGAAGCGCGUUCUAACCAUGGGCGUUAACGGAGAGCUUCACCCUUCAAGGUUUUGUGAAAAGGACUUGCUCAGAGUGGUAGACCGUGAAUACAUCUUUGCCUACAUUGAUGACCCUUGCAGUGCAACCUACCCAUUGAUGCAAAAACUAAGGCAAGUACUUGUUGAGCAUGCGUUGAAAAAUGGUGAAAGUGAGAAGAAUUUGAGCACUUCAAUCUUCCAAAAGAUUAGGGCUUUUGAGGAGGAAAUAAAGACCCUUUUGCCUAAAGAGGUAGAGAGUACAAGAGCAGCAAUUGAGAACGGGAAUUC